UGAGGAGGGAGGUCCAUUUGGCAUUUGGCUACGGCCAGCGAAGACACCGCAAGACGGAGGAAGCCCGACCAAACAACAAAGAUUCAGGAGAAACACCAGAAUCGAAGCCCACCAUGUCCUUGAAUAUCCCCAACGCCCCGAACGCCGGCUUGUUCAAAGGCGGCUACAACAACUACGAUUCCGAGGAUGGCGCCGUCCUUCGCAACAUCGAUGCCUGCAGGGCCAUCUCCUCGACCGUCCAGACCUCCCUCGGUCCCUAUGGACGCAACAAGAUCGUCAUCAACCACCUCCAGAAGAUGAUCCUGACCUCCGACGCCGCUACCAUUCUCCGCGAGCUCGAUGUCGUCCACCCCGCCGCCAAGCUGCUGGUCAUGGCCAGUCAACAACAAGAAUCCGAGAUGGGCGAUGCUACCAACCUUGUCACCAUCCUUGCCGGUGAGCUCCUGAAGAAGGCCGAGGACCUGUUGCGCAUGGGUCUCAAGACUUCCGACAUUGUCACCGGUUACGAGCGCGCCCAGAAGAUUGCCCUGGAUACCCUGGAGGAGCUUGUUGUCGACAAGGUGGAGGACUUGCGGUCGCAGGCCGGCUUGAGCAAGGCCCUCCGCACCGUUAUUGCCAGCAAGCAGAACGGUAACGAGGACUUCCUGGCCGACCUGGUCGCCGAGGCCAUCCUUGCCGUUCUCCCCAAGAACCCCGCCAACUUCAACGUCGACAACAUCCGCGUCGUCAAGAUUAUGGGUGGCAGCCUCGACCAGAGCCGUGUCGUCAAGGGCAUGGUCUUCCCCAAGGAGCCCAACGGCACCGUCAAGAAGGCCAAGAAGGCCAAGGUAGGUGUCUACACCUGCCCCAUCGAUACCAGCCAGACCGAGACCAAGGGCACCGUCCUACUACACAACGCCCAGGAGAUGCUCGACUUCACAAAGGGAGAGGAGAACCAGCUUGAGACGGUGGUCAAGGAGCUCUACAACUCAGGCCUCAGAGUCCUCGUUGCCGGUUCCACAGUCGGUGAGCUGGCGAUGCACUACCUUAACAGAUACGGCAUCCUGGUCAUCAAGAUUCUUUCCAAGUUCGAGCUCAGGCGCGUAUGCAGAGUUGUCGGUGCCACUCCCCUGGCCCGUCUGGGUGCGCCCAUGCCCGACGAGAUGGGCAGCAUCGACGUUGUGGAGACUAUGGAGAUUGGCGGUGACCGCGUUACCGUGUUCAGACAGGAGGAUGAGGUCACAAGGACAGCAACCCUCGUUCUGCGGGGCGCUACUCAGAACCACCUCGAUGAUGUUGAGCGUGCCGUCGAUGACGGUGUCAACGUCGUCAAGGCUAUCACAAAGGAUGCUCGCUUGGUCCCCGGCGCCGGCGCCACUGAGAUCCAGCUCGUCGAAAGGAUACAGGCUAUUGGCGAGAGAACCCAGGGUCUCGCGCAGUACUCUAUCAAGAAGUACGGUGAGGCGUUCGAGGUCGUUCCUAGGAUAUUGGCGGAGAGCGCCGGUCUGGAUGCCACCGAGGUGCUCAGCAGGCUCUAUGCCGCCCAUCAGAAGAAGGACACCUGGUCGACGGGUGUGGAUGUCGAGAACAACGACAACUCCGGCACCCUUGAUGCCGUGAAGGAGGGUAUUCUCGAUCUCCUCGUAACCAAGCAAUGGGCUAUCAAGCUCGCCACCGAGGCUGCCAGGACGGUUCUUUCUGUUGAUCAGAUUAUCGUUGCCAGACAGGCCGGUGGUCCCAAGCCCCCCGGUCCCAACCCUAACUGGGAUGAGGACUGAUCUGUUAGAAGAGCGGAAAACGUGUAAUUGAGCCAAAGGGAUAGAUACUGCGGCUUGUGAAAUGAAAUGUUGAUAUAGACAGCAAGGUGACAUAGCCGUGUACUCAAAGUAAUACCCAAAUUUCGGUCUGGCAAAGAUCUGUCUGCCCUUCUCACACUAUCUGGUCUGUGUGUAUGUCGGUCUCUCCGAGAUGUCCCAAUGGCCACGCUUGCGCUUUGUCGCGGUAUCAACAAAC